GCAGCAUGACCAACCAGAACUGCAAAACAGAUGGGCGGGUUCUCUCCGUUUUCAACCAGGUCCGAUUUAGUAAAGUAAUAUGCGCGUAUGAUUCUGGAACGGGAGUGCGCUAGUAUAGGAUCACAUGCAUGCGGGCUAUUAUAGAACUGAAUGGAAAUCACACAGUGCAAUUCCAUUACAAUGCUUCAGCGUAUUUUCAAUGAAUGUAAUUGACAUAUUUACCAAGCGGGCUGGUGCACAAUAAUUCACAUAUGUUAACCCCCGCGUCUUGCACUUCCAGCUGUGUAAUCCUCGGGGCCAGGCGCACAGCUUCAUCAGUAAGCCUGUACCCAGGUAUAAGGAGAUGCGCUUAUUCACUCGAUUACACGGUAGUCGACCAACGCAGUCAUUGGUGUUUCAGUACGACCGGAAGCUUGCAUGACGAGUAGACUGCACCCCUUCAUCCAGGAAGCUGUCUGUUUGCUGAGGGUUAUGGCUUUAAGGGCAUGCGGCCUCAUCAUAUGCAGAAGGCUGAAUGGGAUUGCACUGAAGAGGGGAGAGGAAGUCGAAUUCCUGCUGCUUCAGACCUCUUAUGGGAAACAUCACUGGACUCCCCCCAAAGGACAUGUGGACCCCGGGGAGGAUGACCUGCAGACCGCUCUGAGGGAGACGCAGGAAGAGGCGGGGCUGGGGGUGGAGCACUUCCGCAUUCUGGAGGGCUACAGGAAGGAGCUGCGCUACAUGGUGAACAGCCAGCCCAAGACUGUGGUGUACUGGCUGGCGGAGCUGUGCGACAGCAGCACUUCAGUCCGUCUGUCCGAGGAGCACCAGGACUACCGCUGGCUGGGGGUGGAGGAGGCUUGCCAGCUCUCAGAGUAUAAGGACUUGCAGGAAGCCUUGAGAGAGGCACACAGCUUUGUAUUGAACAGACAAGAGCCACUCUGAUCUACAAACACACACACCAACACAGAGAACCUGCCUGUCUACCGCACAGAUCUGAAUCUAGAUUGGAAAGACUUCAUUGCAGGUUUUGUCUGUAGCAUGCUUAUUGUUGUUGGUGAGUUACUGUACUAAACAAAAACAUGUGUGUUUUGAUAAAUUUUACUUAAGAAAAAAAAAAACUGGAAAGAAAUCUUGUAAUGAGAAAAAUAAUAAACACUGGUGCCUGUACUACCCUUUAAUAUGGCCUUAUUAAUUGUAUUUCUGUUUUCAAAUGUUUUGAUUUUAUUGUCUAUGGGACAGAAUUUGGCCCUCAAGCAAAAGCUCAGUUAUCAACCGUAAGAUGAUUAUUUUUCAGUGUUGAAGGCUUAUUUCAUUUUGAAAGCUUAAUGUUUUGUACAGGGGUUGGAGCAGAAACAGAAAACACAUUCCAUAACAGAGUUUAGAGUCACCAGGAAGCACUAUUUGUACGUGGCAGAGAGCCAGUGAGCUGUUUAAAGUUGUUAAAUUGUCUAUGUCACCAUUCUUCAAUGACUACUUACUUACUGCCACGUUUUGGCUAAUGCCACUUCAGGUACAAAUACCCCUACUGAUGGAGAUAUCCCAACACUGUAGCUGCUUAAAAAGUUCAUCCAGUACAUUCCAAUAGAGAUGACAGACCUUGGUGAAAAAGUUCAUCCAGUACAUUCCAAUAGAGAUGACAGACCUUGGUGAAAAAGUUCAUCCAGUACAUUCCAAU